AUGGAUGUAAAAUGGAUGCAACGGAUUUCAGAAGCUAUGCAUUUGCGGUGGAAAAGUGAGGAAUUACUUGCUGGUCAGAAUGAAGAUGCAGAUAAGACAUGGGGGUUGUAUUCUGAAUGGAUGGAACUUUUCCGCAAGACAGAAACGCCGGGGAACGAUGCAUAUUUAGGAAACGAAGUAAAGAGGGUGGUUAGUGUGAAUACGGCUUGGGAUGAAUGGGCUUAUUGGGACCAGAAUGAGUGGAUAAAGAAGUUAAAACAUGGGGCUAAUGUGAAAGCAAUGGAGCAGGUAAUGAAGGAUUUGAAUGAGACAUUUGGGGGCGAAUUGUGGGCAAAUGGAAUAUUGUGCUAUAAAGGGUGCAAGAGACUUAGGAAGGUUUUUGAGAUGAAGCCGGUAGAUCUUUUGGGGUGUUAG